AUGCAACAUGAUGGAUACAUUCCGAAUACUGAUGAACCUCGGCACUUUAAUUCAUCCUCUGACUGUGUCAUGGUUCCCCCACGCACCUCGCACCUGGGAGUCGAGGAGGGUAGGGAAGAAAGUACCGCCGGCAAUGAACAUGUGGCAGUUUGGAGUCACCGGCAAUGCACGGACCCCAAAUCACCUCGGGGAUGUCGGCCGUUAAGUCCGAUGGCAAGCCUACCGACCCCUGGGGACAAGUCAGCUUCACGCCUAUUGUUUCACGCGCCUCUCUUUCUUUUCGAAAUUGACGCGACGUCCGACGCCGACGAAGAUAUCAUAAGAGCGGCAUACGAGUACGAUAGAUUAUGGACGAUACAUGAUGGACACUGGCUUAGGGACAGAUCAUUCAGAAAUCACCUACCAGUCCGUGGACGGACUUACAAACCUGACGAAACGACCAUAUGGGGAUUAGCAGCUUUGUUAGAUCCUGAUGGGACCGCUCAAUCGCAUACUUUAGCAUUACCUCCUAUAGAUAUAUUCUCUUCUUUACGUCAUACCUCUCAACCACGUUGGCUCCAGGAUCUCGAGGAAGACAAUGUAUUUGAAAAAGAGAAGAGGAUAGAGGAAGAGGAUGAAGGAGAGAAAGAAUUUCCCUUGAUAAGUUUACCUAAAAUGUUUGAGAAAAGAUAUGAUAAUUGGGAAUUCCUAACUACUCUCAGCUUGACCCAGAUGAACGGAGCGGUGAACGAUGAGAGUAUAAUGGGAUUGAGGUGGUGUACUCACUUAACAGUAUUAUGGACUAGAGGAUGUGGGAUUACAGAUGCUGGUGUUAGACUUUUAGCUGGAUCAUUGGACCUUCCUGGAAAGCUUCUUGAUUCGACGGAUCAAUUUGCGACAAGUAGACGAUCGUGUGCCAAUGCAGAAGAGACAGAGCAGGGCAAUGGAAAUGGGAGAAGAAAUGGAGGAACUCGAGAGGGGAUAAAAGGAAGAGGAAUGUGGAAGUUGAGAGCUUGGUAUCUUCCCGGAUGUAGAGGAAUUUCAGAUAAAUCAAUGAAGGUAUUUGCCAGAUGGCCUGGUUUGGUACUUCUGGACGUUCGAGAUACAUCAUGCACAGAAGUUUCCAUGAACAUUUUCAAUAAAUAUUCUCGACAAUACUUUUCGUGUCAAAAUGCAGAUUUUCAAUCAUGUACCGAAGGGUUACGUCAAUUAUUUUCUCCUGUCACUCCGACCAAUGAGAUACUCAAAGAUUUAACACUCACUCUUAUGCCUCUGAGUGAGAAACGUUAUUUAAGUUUGAACGUUGUGUCAUCAUAUCAACCAUUAGAUCCAACUUGGUUACCUCGAUUACCUAAACCAUCUUUAUCCACACGUUCUUCCGCUUCUAUACUACCUACGAGCGAUUCUUUCCCCUUUCCUCAACAUACUCAAAUCUUUACAUCGAAGUCUUUCCACUCGGAAAUAUCUUCCUCUCCCCAUCCGCCCUCCUCUCCUUAUUCCAAUUCAAUCUCACAAUAUUCUUCCUCUCCCCAUCCCUACUCAUCCCCUCUCCCUUCACAAACACACCCACCAAGUUCCCCCCUUCCGAAUUCCUCUCAGACGUCUUUCGUAUCUUCCCAAACACAAAAAAACACGUCAAAUUCUCAACUACCUCAAACAUCUCAAGGAAUCUAUCGAAGUCAAUACCAUCCUCAACCUCGACCCCAACCCCAACCUCUUCAACCCUCUCAACGUCCAACAUCCGUUUAUCGAUCAGACGGUAUAGGUAAAUUGUACGGUUCAGGAGUUUCUUCAAUACCUGAUCCUUCAACCGAGCGUCGUCAAGCUGCAGAAAACCGUCGAAUGGCAAUUCAAUCAGCUAUAGACUACCAGAAUCAAUCAUCGCGUAAAAAAAGGAAAAAACAACCAUUAGAUAAGUAUCAACCUUGGGUGAGAAAGAAUGAAGAGUUGGACCCAUGGGAAAAACUUGUUCCGAUGGCAGGAAAGGUUUAUAAAGAGAAAGCUGCGGAAGCUAAGAGGAAAAGUAAAGAAUUCGUGGCUGCUACUUUGAGAGGUAGAAGAGUGGGUGAAUCGGAAAUUUCAGAGAAGGGAGUGGUGAAAGGAGAAAAAUGGGCGAUGAUGGUAAGGAUUGUUUCUUCGAAUUGGGAGGGAUUACAGUGGAGUUUUAGGGAAGAAAUGGGGAAAGAAGGGUUGGAUUUGGAUUUGGGAAUGGGAUUGAGGAAGAAAAGGGAUAAAGGGUUGUUAGAGGGUUUGUUAGGAUCUACUCGACAAUAUUUGGAUGAUAAGGAAAUGGAUGAGAAUGAUGAGUGUCAUCAAGGUAUUCCACAUGGGGAACUCUAUGGAAAUGGAGAAAGAUUUGAGAUGAGACGUCAUGGUAUUGUGUCAGUAGAGAAUAAGGAAGAAGAAAACUUGAAGAAACCUAUAAAUCCAUUCCGUGUUUCAGGGACAAAAACGAAUAAAUUAGGUAUCAAACCUCUCAAUAUUACUACCAAGCCUACUAUCAUAAAACCCCACACUUCUCCAAGUUCACAAUCAUCAGUCUUAUCUGGGCAGGAUAAUUCGUUUCAGGACACAACGAGCAAUCUCACUUUCCGAUCUAUUCCCAAAACACAAUCAAAUCCCUCGACAUCGAAUCAAAAUAUCAGUACUAAAUUCCCAUUUGAGACGUCAAUCUCUCAUACUACAGUACAUGAACCUCUAUCUGAGUUGACCAAACAUGAACCAAUAGAGCAUAUAUCUUCUGAAUCGAAAUUAUCUCAGAAGAGGAUUCAGACUACGUUGAAACCGUCCAAAUCUCAAUCAACUUUGAAAGAAACAUUCUUCCGUUCCACACUUCUCACACCUUCCAACACUCAUGACGCACUCGAUUGA